GUGAGUUUAAUAUCCUGGAAAGGAAUGCCACGUUCCCGGCCCUGAUUAUGCCGAAGUAAAUGCAAAUAAGCCACGACAAGGCGGCUAAUGUUGUUGUAGUUGCGCACGAUGAAUGGACACGAAUGGCGCCAGGGUCAGCAGUGGGGUCAUCCACCAUCCACCCAUCCAUUCAGAAGCCUUCCUCAUUCGGCGGGGGAGUCCCCUGGUUUGUUUACCAAACAGCACGUAGAUUUAAUUGCCACUGUGGGAAGGAGUCACUCCGGCGAGUGCCUUUGGCGAGUGGAAGCAACAACCACAACGAAGUUCAAUUACAGGUGGUGCCGGGGGGUGUUCCCUAGGUUGACUAGUUGGGCAUAUGGGUAGGUGGUGGACACUGUUGGCCAGUGGCCACCAGUAGUCGGUGGCCAGUGGUGUGCGUGCGUAGAAAUUACCAUAAAUCUGAUGGCUCGAAUAAAAAAGGCUGCUCUGGUGAACUUGGCCAGCCAGUUCGUGUUGAGUUUUCGCGGCGAGCGGUUAACCGGAAACGCGGACAAUCGCAGAACGGAAUUUUUGAAUAUUAGUCGACCUGCGUGUCCACAGUGCCAUGUCCACGGGACAUCCUAGUGCUGAGCAAACAAUCGACCCCUUAUCCCGCUUCUCCCCAUUCGCUGGCAUCGCCACCGGUGACCAUGGUUCGCCGGGCCUCCAGUGUUCCUCAUCUGAAUAGUAGUGGCGGCAGCAGUGCGGACAGCGCCGGAACGUCGGGCAGUCGCCGUGGUCGGGCUCCAGUGGCCGGCUCCCGCGGCCGCAAGACGCCAUCGACCACAUCCACUGGCCAGAGUCAGCGGCAGAGUUCCGGCAGCAGCAGCAGUAUCCCGCGAUCCCGCAGUCUGACCAACGGCAUGCGGCGCCUUAGUCCGCAGAAGGGAACUGGCAGUGGCGGUGGCGCUGGCGCCGGAGGAGGAGGAGGAGGUAGCUCCCGGAAUACGCCGUAUUUCCUCCGUUCACGCGAGAAUGAGAUUGGUAGCGCUGACACGCUGGAAAUCGUGGCCUCCAAGUCCACGGGUAGCGAGGAGUGCUCAACGCCGGAGGACAAUAUCAAUGUGGUGGUACGAGUGCGUCCUUUGAACGACAAGGAGAAAAGGGAUCGACAUGGGUCCACGCUUCAGUUUCCCGGGAACGGCCAGGUUAUCCUGGAAGGCAACGAUGUGGGCCAGAAAAGGUCACAUAAUCGAGAUAGUGUGCGGGUUUUCACCUACAACGUGGUCUUCGAGCCGGGCGCCACGCAGGAGGACAUUCUGGACUACUCGGGUAUAAAGCGCAUCAUUGAAAUGGGCAUCGAGGGAUUCAGUUGCACGGCUUUUUGUUACGGCCAAACGGGAUCCGGCAAAACGCACACCCUUACUGGACCUCCGGAUUUGUUCGUUGGCAAGCCGAAUCCCAAGGAUCCGCGACAUGGCCUCAUCUUCCGCUCGUUUUUGUAUCUCUUCCAAUUGAUUAAGAAUCGCAAGGACGUCAAUUACGUGCUUAAAGCCUCCUUCAUGGAAAUCUACAAUGAGCGGGUAAUCGAUUUGCUCAACCCGGGAAGUGCACGAAAACCUUUGGCGGUGCGCUGGUCCAAGAAAUCGGGGGGUUUCUUUGUGGAGAACCUUUUCACGGUGGACUGCGAAGAAUUGGAUGACCUUCUGGCCGUCCUGGAAGAGGGUAUGAGAAAUCGUGCUGUUGGCUCUCAUGCCAUGAACGACCACUCCUCGCGGUCCCACACAAUAUUGACCGUUCACAUCCUGUCCGAUCAGCAAACGGAUGGUGGGGUGUUCCUUUCCAAGCACGGAAAGAUUAACUUUGUGGACCUGGCUGGCAGUGAGUUAACCAAGAAGACGAUGAGCGAAGGGAAGACCCUGGAAGAGGCCAAUAACAUCAACAAGAGUCUUAUGGUCCUCGGCUACUGUAUCUCCUCGUUGAGCGACUCCAAGAAAAGGACGGGUCACAUCCCGUACCGAGAUAGCCAACUCACCAAGCUGCUGGCCGACAGUCUGGCGGGGAAUGGUGUCACCUUGAUGAUCGCUUGCGUUUCCCCCGCCCACUAUAAUCAUGCGGAAACUCUGAACACCUUGCGAUAUGCCUCGCGGGCGAAGAGGAUACGCACCAAGCCAGUGAUAAAGAUGGAUCCGAGGGAGGCGCUGAUUCUCAGCCUAAAGCGUGACAUCCAUGCACUCCAAAUGGAGAAUGACCACCUCAAGGCGGCCUUGAAUCUGCAUCAUCAAGCAGCUCCGAAUGGCGGGCCGGCUGAGAAUCUUCUGGAGCUCCAACUGGAUCGAGUGAGCAGCGGUGGUGGAAUACCAGUGCCCAAAGUUGAUCUGCAGCGAUUACCAGAGCUAGAUGGCUCCGAGCUAGCCGAACUCGUUAAACUCUACAUGGUGGAGAACGAAUCCCUGAGGCAGGAGAAUAAUCAUCUGUUCACCGUGCGGGAAACAAUUCUUAGGGAUCAGGAGAUUGUCUGCCGUGAAAACGAGCGGCUGCUCAAGAAACUGGAGGAUGUCAAUAAAGUCUGUGUACGUUCACCGUUGAUACCAGCACGUCCGGCUAUAUCUCCAACGACAGGAAAGGAAACACCUGGCACUGAGAUCUGGACAAAUCCAGAACCGCUUCAAUCUCCACCAGGACCAGAGCUCCCAAUAGAGCAGCGAAUGUCAGAGAAUGCGGAUAGAAGGACAGAUACGGCUCAAAAGCGCAUCGAUCAGAAGAGAAUAGCCAAGAAUAUUCUGAUUAUGGCCAAUGCAUUCCGGAAACCGGACUCAGACAUAACCAAGGAGUUGAACCUUAAUCCGGAGGAGGCGCAUGCUAAGCAGCCGACAGAGUUUAUGCCAGAGUAA